GUCAUGAAACUUGGAACUUGUACUGAGUGGCUCUUCUUCCAUCUUUGGAAAAAGAACCCAAAUUCUGGUCACAGUUGCAAUGGAGUCUUUCUAGCAGACACUGUCAUAUACAGAUGGGCACAACCUUACUUUAGUAAUCAACAAUCUAUACUUUAGGGUAUUUUACUGCUUAGAAUGGCCAAAUCAUAAGGAAAACAAAGGAAAGAGUGUUUAUUGAAUAGGUUGAGUAAGCAUUUUUAUAAGAUAAUACAGUUGCUGUUCUAUUAACUAGUCAAGUAAUAUUGAUUAACAACUAUUUAGGCCCAAUCAAAAUAAUAAGAAAUAAUCAACUUCGAAUAUUUUGACAAAGAGAACUUUGGUAAAUUCUUAUAUUAGAGAGAAAAGGAACUAAAUUCAAUUCUUCAGAAGUAGAAAUUUCAGCUGAUAUUUUUAGAUUUAUAUAUCCAAAGAGUGAUCACAAUUCAAUGAUUAAAGUAACAUGGUCUCCUCAAUUCUGUCUAAUUAAUAGAAAAACAAACAUCAACAAUAUGAAUGAUUUAAAAAAACCAUUGUAUGAAAGAGUUAGUACUUUUGAUGGUCCUGAAUAUUUAUCUGUUUCAGAUUCCAUAAGUUCACCAUUAUUAAGCUCAGACUUAGAAUAAUUAUGCGUGAAUAUUGUUAAGCAUGUUCAAGAAGUCUCAGGGGGAAACAUAUAAAUUAUUAGAAUGGUGUUAUACUUCAAAGUAGAUCAAGAGAAUAGAAUUUGGUUGAUGUUUUGCACUGGCAUCAAAGUUAAAGAUAAGUUUUCUACACAUCCAGAUAAACAUAGAACAGACUCUCCUCUUUUUAAAAUAAUAAGGAGAGAUCUUGAACCUGUCAUCACUGGAACAGAGAAUGUUUAAAAAGUCGUUAAAUACAAUAGUGAAGGACAAAUUGAAGAAUUAUUGUAUUAAUUAGAGAGCGUUUGUUCAAAUUGUGAUUUAUUUUCAUAAGAACUCUACUAAUUAUAAUUUGAAUAAAUAAUUGAAAGUUUUGAAAGAGUAACAAUGAUAAAUUUAUAUUAUUAGGCAUUAGUAAGCAAUGAAUUCACAAGGCUUCCGGAAGAUUUGUAGAAGAUUAAAAUGAAAAAUGAUAAAAAAAGCGAAUUACUCAAGUUGAACUAACAUAUUAAGACUAGAUCAAAAUAAUUUAUUCAUAAAGGUAUUUCAAUUUAAAGUAUAAAUAGAUUAUUAAUUGUCCAAUUAUUUUGAAUAACAAUCAAAUUAAUAAAUAUCAGGUACACAAAGUCAAUAAGAAAUAUUGGUUGAGAAAUAUAAACUUGUAAAUAAUUAGAAGACUUCUGAUUAAGUCCAUGCUGAAAUUUAAGAAUUAUGUCGAUAUCUAGAUGAAGAAUAAGAAGAUUGCAAAUUGAAUUUUAAAAGUGUCCCUGCUUUAAUCCUGAAAGUAUGGGGAAAGUUAUCUGAAGACAAAUACAAACAAUUAAAGUUUAAUCCAAGUUGGAGACAACUCAAAACUUAAGUUUGUUUGGAUUGUUAUCUCAAAUAUACUGAAUGUUGUAAUCUUACUCAAUUUGAAAGAAAAGUGUAUAAAUAUUCAAUCUAAUUACAUUAGUAAGACAGCUGCUCAAAAUCUAAAAAAAAAAGUGGAAGAUCAAUAAGCCAAUAAUAUUCUGUUGCAAAAUACCUUGCUUGACAUCAAUAAAAGUAAUUUUACAUAAAACUUUCAUUCAUCCUUGCCUCCUGUAAUGGAAUAAAGAACAAUCACAGUUGGUGGCAAGGCUAGUGUUGCAAAAACUGCCAAUACCUAAUAAAGAUCAACUGCAUUAAAUACACCACCUUAACCGCAUCAGACUACUUUAGAAGCAAUGCCCUAGUUCUUUAAUAAAUUUAUGAAAAAGGAAGCUAAACCAAAAAAGGCUCCAACCACCUAAAAGGUAUAAUCCAAUUAUAUUUCAGAUUUAUCAAAAUCGAUAAGGAUUGCAUAUGUCUUUGAACCAUUCCACUUAAUCAAGAUCCUCUCGUUCUACCUAGGAUUAAUCAAAAAUUUCAUUUGAUUAUAUGAUAAGUACUGUUUCCUAGCUGAAAAAGAAACUGUAAGAAUUGGAAGACGAAGAAUAAUCUUAAAAAAACUAACAAAAUCAAAAGCCAUAAACUAUAUAGGAUUAAUCAGAACUAAACUCCUUAUUACAAAGUAGCAAAUUACUUCAGACUAAAUCCCAACCACAUCAAUGA